AUGGAUUCACUGGCAGGCAACCAACCUCUUUUCAAGAAUACUGAAGUGAGCAACGUUGUCUAUGAGCCAUACAAAUCCAAAAAAUAUCGGAGUAUUGAAGAGGUAGACUUUAAUAAUUGUAAAUUAAUACCGGUAUUCUCAGAGGCUGCCACAAACAAAGCCAUGAUGAAACUAGGCUAUCAACCUCAAGAUUUAGUACAAUUAUCAGGUGAAAGUAUCGACAGAAUACCUGGUUCCGAAGAUAUCCGAAGAAGAAUUAUCAAUGAAAUGGAAGAAAGAAGGAAAAACGCAUUUCAGAAAAUUAUCGAAGAGAGAAAGAACAUUCUUGCACAAGAAAAUCCUCCACCAAAACCAUCUGCACAACGAUUAGGAAAAGAUUACGGAGAAAUCAUUAAAGAACAACAGAGACAGAUUAAUGUAUUAAAGCGUACUAAAGAAGAACAUAUUAGUAAGAAGAACAAUCAAUUAAAGAAGAUCGAAGAAUCAGAUAAAGAUGCUGCAAAAAGAAUUAAAGAGUACAGAAAGCAAAGAAAUCAAGAAUUAGCGGAACGAAGGGCAAAACAAGAAAAACGAGAAAAGGAAGUAUACGAGAAACUUACACAAGAGAUAAUGCAACAGAAAUUAGCUGCUGAAAUACAAAGACAGAAAUUUGAAGAAGAAGCUGAAAUGAGAGAACAAAAUAAUUCACUCAGAAGGUUGAAACCAAAGCCUUGGAAAGAUUCUUUAUCAGAUAAUUCUUCAGUAAACUCGAAAUUAUUACAAAAUCGCGAAAAAAUCGAAAAUGAAGCGCGAGAAAAGGCAAAACAAAUCAUCGAAAAGCAAAACCAUGCAAUUCAAAUUGCACAAAAGAGAAAACUCGAUAAAAUGAAAGAAAUUUCUACAAGAAUUAAAGAACAAGACGCAAGACUUGCUCAAAAGCAACAAAUGCUUGAAGAAAAAGAAAGAGAAAGUGUUAUUUCAUUGAUUAACUCAAUUAACAAUAAAAUUUCUAAAUCUGAAAAUAUUCUUCAAGAACAAAGAAGAUCUAUGCGAAAAAUGUUGAAAGAAAAGCACUUAUUACUUGAAAAGAAAUCAGAAGAAGUUAGUCAACGCCGCCAAAGACUUGAACUUGAAAGGUUAUCAAAAUUAAAUGACGCGAUCAAUCAUACAGAUUCUGUUGCUGACAAGAAACGAGCAAUUAGUGAACUGAGAUUAAGCAACUAUCAAAAGAUGAACGAACAAUUACGAGAAAAAGCUCAAUCUGUUUUAUCUCAGAAACAAAAGAUCGAAGAAGAAACAAAAGCUCAUAUGAGUGAAAGUAUAGAGAAGCAGAACAACGCUAUCAAGAGAAGCGAGGAAUUGCAAAAGAAGAGAAACGAAGAAUUGAAGAAGAGAGCUGCCGUUGAUUGGGAAAAGAGAAAACUAGGUAGUGAGAAAGCCAGAAUGAUCAAUCUCCAGAGACAAUACGCAAGACAGGAGAAAGCAGAAAAAACAGAACAAAGAAUGAACCAAUUAUACGAAGAAAGAAUGGAAAGGAAAGAGCAACAUGAAAUCGCAAUAGAAAAGAUCAAGAUGAUGCGUAUGAAGAUGAUGGAAGAAGUUCCUGACGAUACGAAAGAGUAG